UCGCCUGUAAGGAAUGUAGAAGAGUCUUUGAGAGCCACCAGUCUUUUCUCUUGUUCUCCUGGCCUCCAGGCCGCGCCAACAAUAACCUAGCAAUUUGCAGCUUCUGACCCUUCAAAACGAAUUAGGCUCCACGUGCACAGAUAGUCCCGCCCACACUCUGUUCCUCUGCGCUCUAGCUUCGCUUCCCUAGCCAGGGCUCCACCCGCCAGACUGGCCUCGCCCCUAACUUCCCCAUUCUUCUCUAAAGCAAACCCCACCGCCCCAGAUCUAGCUUUUGUCUGCGAAACUUCUGAUCCCGCGCCUCCCCCUCGGGUUUGGAUCCAUUAAACCAGGCCCCGCCCCUCGUGCUCACCUACGCAUCCACCAGACCACGCCCAACGCCCCUAGUGCCAGCGCUAGACCGGCGACCAGCAGCAGGAUCAACAGCUGUAUCUUCUCAUACACAACCCAAGCCCCUAGUCGCCCCCUGCCCCGCCCCAGCCUUUUCCUCGUCCAUCCCGACGUUCCAAGGGACAGCUUACCCCCGGGGUUCCCCUGGGCCCUCCGCAGCAGCAGCGGUAGGAGCUGCAGAACAAGGACCAUGGCUGGGAUGUGUCGGGAGAGAAGGCGAGUGAGUCAGCAGAGGAGACCGGAGGGAAACUGGAGCGGCUUCUGCUUCACCUGUCUGUGCCCACGCUGUCCUCUGGCCUGCUGUGCCCCACCCAAACCGGCAGGUUUUGAUUGGGGUGGCAUUUGGGAGCAGGUGCGUAAGCCCCACACUUAGGACUUCAAUGAACUUCACUGGAGCAGAGGAAACCAGGUCAGGCCAAGCCCAAGUGAGGCCAGGGCAAGGCUGCAAGAACCUGUAGGGGCCCUGAAGCAGCCCCUCCUUAGGAGGCAGCCCCAGCUCAUGCCUCUGCAACUAUGACAUCAAAGAAGCCCUUGGCAACAUCACAAGCCCUACUUAUUCAACCUGUGGCUGAGCAGAGCUUGGGAAGACCAAGUGGGGGUUGAACCGGAUUAAUUUGGCCCCUUCAAUUCUCAAUUUCUGCCCACAGACACCUACCAAUAUCUCCGGGGACCCAAAUUUGGCAAUCAGGUUGGGCCACAUCCCAUUGCCAUUUCCCAGCAACCGGCAGAUGCUACCACCACAGCCAGUGUACCAUCACAGGGCCCUUUGGUGAUGCUUCUUCAGAGGAUUGGACAGGCAGGGCUGCCGGUGCGGGGCAGGAGGGAUGUCUUGGCUUGAAACCAAGAACCAAAAUGGAGUUGGCCACUAGUGAACCUCACCUCUUUCCCAUCCCUACUCCCCUACCUAGUCCUGCUUAGCCCCUCUCCACCACUGCUCUUUUACUGUGUCUGCUGUGUGUAAACAGGGAAGGUGGGGCCACCAAGGGGCAGGGAAGGGAGGGACCAUUGGGAUUACAAAUUCCAAAAAGGCCACUCAAUUCCCAGAGCUGGAUCCCUGAAAACUUACUCUGUCAGCUGCUGCAUUUGCUACCAUUCUCAGGACCAUCACAAUGAAAGGCCUUCUGGUGCUCACCCUGUCUUCUCUGCUUUGCUGGGUCACAGCUGGCAUUCGCUGUCACUCCUGCUACAAGGCCUGUGUGGACAGGCAGUCCUUCCUCCUGGAACCAGGACAACAAUGCCUGACAACAAAUGUGUACCUUGCUAAGAUGUGGGUUUUCUCCAAUCUUGGUUGUGGCACACAGGAAGAGCCCUGUUGAGAGGCCAUCAACCAAAUGAGCAGAAAGCUGGGCCUGACCUACAACACCACUUGCUGUAACCAGGACAGCUGCAACAGCCCGGCCCCUCAGUCCACCCCGGGUCUGUCUCUUGUCCUCCUCACCUCCUUGGCUGGCUUUGGCCUCUGGCUGCUGCACUGAGACUUGCUUGGUGACUGUCCCUCCUUCCAGCUGCUGUAGCCUGAGCCUCUCCCUGUGUCACCAUAUCACUUGGCUUUCCACAGUGGUCUCCCCCUACCUCCCUUUUCGCGGAAAAGCGUUUCUCCAGACCCUUCAUCUGUCUUUAAUGGGACAGUUGUCUCCCCACUCUGCUUUUCCUGAGUCCUUCCCACUUCCCUAUAGACCACACCAGAUCUUCCACUGGCCUCUAGAAGGGCUAUUUGCCCUCAACCGUGCCCUACUUGGGGAGGAUUUGAGAUCUGAGCCUGAAAUGAAGCUUCUGUCCUGUCCCCAAUGAAGGCUCCUAGGAAGGACCUGAAGACCUCACCGUAUGGGGCUGAUUCCCCAAACCCUGGCUCCCACAUAUACCCCAUCCCCAUGCUCACCUCUUCCCAGGUUAAUUAAUAAAUGUUUGUGUCUGAUAAUUGGUGUGUUUAUUGUCA